AUGGAAAGCUGGCACCUGGCAGUUCUGUCCUCCGGGGCCACGCCGCCCUCUACAAAAGCCACAAAAACAGGCGAGAGGAAGAAAAAGAAAAGGAAUGGAGGGAGCAACCGGUCGCCGCCGAAAAACGAUCAGGCCAGAGCCAGAGGCAACCACAAGAAGACCUGGAAGAGGAAUUGGGGGCUCAGGUGAGGUUGCCGAGGGAAAAGAUUACAUAACGGGAAAGGGUGGGGGCGGCGAUAUCAACAGUUGAAAAUACGGCCAACGCCAAAACGAAUUAAAACAGAAAGCCGAUGGGAGAUGGCACGACGUAUUGUUGCGCAGGCCAUUAAACACGGCCCGCGCGACAUUGUCUCCGAAAUGAGCGACAUCACCGGAAAAAGACACUAUUUGAAAAACGGUCCUUGUCCGCCAAAUUCUGGCGCACAACGUCACCUCGCCCCUCAAACCCUGCCUUCCUCUCCCUCGCAACUUUGGCACCGAAAAAGAGGGAGGCCGAGGCCGACGGUCGAUCUGAAUGACCUUCGGAGACUUCGAAUUCGCGCCUUUCUUUCCCACACCGACGGCACAAAGCGGGAAGGGAAACAGGACGGUGCCGCACUGUGCUCACAUAACUCUCAUUGAUCGAUGCGAAACAAAACCAACAAACAACACAAAGCCCCGAGGCGAUUGCGCAACGCUAAAUGACUAGGCGAGCGGAGGAAAAAAUCAAGCAGGAACUCAUUAGACGCCCACUGAUCUGAAGGAAGCCUCUCUGGCAUGAACAAUAUCGCUGCUUGCGGGCAAUUAGACUUAUGUCCUGAGGGGAUUGCGCUUAAGACAAAGGUUGAAUAACGUAGUAAUUUCCUUGCGCAUUGGCUAUUCAUUUGUCGGCAGGAAGAGGACGCCUGUUUUCAUCAUUGCGAUGGAGCAAAACUUGAAAACUUUCUCAAUGAAACGCAUCCAGCGAAUAAAGCGACUACAGAAAAACUGCCAAAAGGUGGGAAAGCCCGGAGACCGAGUACCGGACAAUACUUUUCCGAUUAUGCCCUUUCAAAAGCCGAGCGAUCACGUUUUUCUUUUUGUUUGCGAAUUAGUGGCCAUUUUGAUGGGGCCACUCUCGCCCCUUCUCGCGCAUUCAGAUUCGCGCCAUAAAAAAUCGAAAAAGAGUUGAAAUGUCAAUAGACUCCGGCAUCUAAGUGGACAAACAACCGUGACCCUAUUUAGGAUACUUACCCUCAGGCAAUGUUUGUCUGAUCUUAUUCUUUCAAAAGUCGUGAAAGAAAUUUCUGAGAAGUACACGAUUAACGGUCAUUAAUUUUGCUUUGGUUUAAUCAAAAAUAUUAUAAUCUUCCAAACCAAUAAUUUUCAGAUCAAUAAGGUAACCAAUGCCACAUUCCAAAGACAAACGCUAGGACUACAUUUAUCUCAAAAAAAUUAAUUUUCAAUUAACUCGUGAAACCCUCCAUGCUUGAAACGAGUUAUGAAAACUUUGAAAAAAGAGGCUAGUGAUGAUGAUCGAUGCCUGUAUUCGAAAAAUGUCUCUCAAACAGUAUUUCUGAUAUCAUUGGGCCACUCCUUACUUUUGUGUUUUCGUUAAAGUUUUGUCCAGUUUAAACUAGGAAGAGUGACCUUCUCAUCAGCUAGCCUCUUGAACCCCAUCUUGAGAGGACGGGAACCAAAUCCCGGUCACUCUGUUAUCACUCCAAACAAAUGUGGUUCUUGUUUCUGGUGUUGUUUCCGAUCAUCUCUUCUUCUUCCUAUUAUUUUACCAAACAGCCUCCAAAAAAGGCAAUUCCUUUAGUCUCUCAGAGCCAGCCACCUUGUUGUGCUGACAUGAUUGGUACUUUGGCGUGCCGAAGAUUGAGAAAAAACAAUUUUAUGUCAUUCCAAAGAAGAUGCCAAGACGAUGCCGAUUUUAGUCUCCUUCAAUGUUGCUCUACUUGUGGUCAAACACAGGUUGGAAAACGGCAUGAACAGUUCUUCAAAGAUGUAAGACAACAUUAGACGAUUGUAAACUGAUUCAGGGAGUUAAUUCAAGAGAUUGUUUUGAUCGUCAUGGCCGUCAUUUCUGUGAAGCUUUCAUCAUGAAAAGAGACAUCUGGUCCCCGGCGAAUUGGACCUGCUCCCAGCCCGAGAAUGCCCAUCUCGGAUUUCGAGUUUGCCGCAAGAGUUGUGGGUACUGCAGGAGAGAUUUAUACGCCGAUGAUCAACAGCCUGUCCCUAAAUCUCCUUUGCCAUUGAUGUGCGAAAAGCGGAUAAAUCGUUGGAAAUAAAACCUUUAAUGUUUUGUGUCCUCAGCAGUUUAAAGUGGUUACAGCGGAAUCCAAAAGGCUACUGCGAAAAGCUCUCAAAACAGUCAAAGUACUUAUUGCGGGGGUUUUUAUUGAAGAAUGACAUGUGCAGAGAGUUGUGGAUGUUGUUCCUAAUAGCUAAUUGUUCGGGCUCAGCCUGGCUUUUGCCUGGAGCAGGCCAAACCCAGAAAAUGCCUUGCUGCAAGGAGAGUAUCGGAGUAAAUGCUUGCCAGGAACUGAAAGUGCGACGUCCUUACGAAUUUCAAACCCGUUGCAGGACGGACGCCGACUUCGCCUUUCUGCAGUGUUGUAAGACUUGUCGGACAAAUGUCCCCGUAAGAGUGCAGGAUGAUAAUUAAGAUUAAACCUUUUUAAGGCCUUGGGACGGGAAUUGUUUGCUCAUGGGCCAAGUAGUCGGCAUUGUUUUGACAGACAUAAUCAUCGUUUCUGCACCCAGUUUGUGAGGAAAGUAAGUAUAAUAGUUUGAAGUUUUUGAAAAAGGAUUGGGUUUUAGAGUGGAAUGUGGGCCGGAUCGAAUAGUCAUCAUAGUGGAUGCAAUGGUGAGAGUUCUGCUCUUGCGUUUCGAGUUUGUCGACGGUCUUGUGGAUUCUGCAGACCCGAUUUAUAUAGGCAAGAUUCAGAAGAAGAGCGACGAUGUGUAAUCAUAAAAUCGGAGAGGCCUGAAUCAACUACAACUUUGGAACCAGCUUUCAGAAUAAUUGUAGAGCCGGACAAAUAA